AUGUCGAUAGCAAAAAGAUUAAUCAUUAAGGCUGGAGCAAGCUAUGAUGGAGAUUUCAAGAUCGUCCCAGUCAAUGGUGGCUAUAUUGAAGUCAAAACUUCUGUCGGGUUGUUCUCAGUUAAAGUGAACAUCAAAAACUUUGAUGGUAGCAAAGCCCACCUCUCAAAUUCAUUUUACAAUUUGGGUGACCAAAACCAUUUAGACGGAAGUCGCGGAAAUUCUGACGAAGACGAGCCUAAUUCACCUAAAUUGAGGAUAGAGUGUAAGUUUACACCCAAUAGACCAAUUCCGGGGAACCAUUUACUCUUUGGUAAUGACUUCACUUACCCCAUUAGAGACUUUUUACCUACGCUGUUGUUACAAACGGGAUUGAAGUUUUUCACCUGGUUCAUCAGUAAGACCGUGAAGGGAGAUGUCUAUAACGAUAAGCCAUUCUUAUAUGGAUUAGCGUUGAAUUCUUUUACGUUUAUAAGUGAGAGUGAGAAGGAGAAUUUACAGACCAAGCUACUUGGAGUGACCAAGGAGCAAGAUUUCAAUUUUUUGGAGAAACUAAGUGUGGUUGACGGAGCCAAAGACUCACUUAAGAUUCCCGAUAAGAGUCUUGACCGUAAAAAGUAUUUCAACAAUUUAAGCCAUGCCAAAGAUUUCACCUUUUUAGAGCUGAUUCCGUAUAUCUUGCAAUUCGAUACAAACUACUUGAACAUGAGCGACUCAAAAUAUUCAGUCCUGAUUCCAACUUUUGCAGGAAAGACAUUUGAUAUUGACGUAUUGAGAUAUGCCAAUGACACAUUGAACAAUUUCAACUGGGUGAUCAAAGUUGAUGGGUAUGAAGGGGUCGGCUUUGGAGAAACAGGACUAGUUUUAAAUUUUGCCUUAGCAAACGAGGAAUUACAUGCUACCAACGGUAGCGAGAAAGAAAAGCGAGCUAAAGAAACCUCUAGUAAGAGUAGUCUUGAUACUAACACGGUUGAUUGA